AUGGCAGAGACCGUAGGACUAAUCUGUUCCUGCCUGGAAUUGACCGGUCACGUCUUUGAGGUGGCCAAGCAGGUCAAGCUGAUAAAGAACGCACCGAAAGACAUUCGACAGAAGCAUAAAGAGAUUGCAGAGCGCGCCUCCAAAAUUAUGUGUAUUAUGCAGAUACUGGAAAAGUCAGGUAUCCACGCCAAGAGCAUAUUGUUGAGCUCGCAACCUCUUCUGGAUUCUAUACACGAGGCGAAAGAGCUCCUGGAGCGAGUGUUCCCAAGGGGCCAAGAGAGAAAAUGGGAGUUGGUUCGUGGUGGUAUCAAAGCAGUAUGGGACAAGGAAGAGAUCAAAGAGGCGCUCGACAAGGUUCAUCAAGAGCAGAUGGUAUGGUUGGGAGGAUUGCCUGCGCACCUGCAUGUUCAGGUUAUCGAAAAACUGGACAAAGUCUCAGAGGGACAUAUCCGGGCAGAGGCUCUGGGUGUCGAGACACUUGCUUCUACUGCUCGUAUCGAAAGUGCAGUUGCAGGCGCACAAGAGUUUGUCGAGCAGGCGAAGAAGGAGUUUAUGGAUGAAAUGAGGCUGCUGCGUCAACAGUUUUACAACCAAGCCGCCGUAGACAUCAACCAAAAGGUCCCAGCUAACACGAUUACCAACAGCAAUGUCAAUGAGAGCACGGCAGUAGUUCUCGCGGCAAACAAGAGAGCACUGGAUAAUCUCGACAGCAAGGACUGCAAUUGCGUCAGAUUGCUGACGCGUCGGGCCAUAAUGAAAGCCAGCAUCGUGUCCCAGUCCCUCUACCAGCACAGGCAAGACUGCCCUUACUAUGAAAGUGGCGACAUGAGGCAGACCUACUGCGCCUACUUGCCAUCCUGGAGUGUUUGUUGGUUACCCGGCCUUAGGGGGAAAUACGUGACGGUCGGUUGGGACCACCGCUUCAAAGGGGGCGCCUUUUCUACAUAUCCCAUCCUGCGGAUAACGCGCCAAAUUAGGCGCGGGGACUCGCCGGUCUUCAAGGUGCUUGACCAGUUCAGCGCAAGCUUCCCUUGGGCGAUGUGGGCAUGGAAGACCGAGUUUCCAGAAAUACACCAGCGCGUCGCUAAGCCUGAGGAUCUGGAGGCAAGCAUAGACAGAAUAAAGUCGUUCUUCCGAACCGGCAAGGGCUUUCCGACAGACGUGGAUGAAAACGGGCAGUCAAUAUGGCAGGCAAGUUUGAUGAUUUUUAAAGCAGCUCUGAUAGGCGAGCAUAGUGAGCUGAUACCCUCUCUCCGAGAGCUCUUGUUGACGCUCUUGGAAAGUGGGGUUCAGCCUGACCAGGAAUACCGCGGUUCCGACUAUUUGACGCUCAAGAGCAUAUGGCGGUGGCCAAUCGACCAAGCGACCUAUGAGUUUUUCGAUGGCAAGACGACAGCCUUGGAUGGCUUUAGGCUGCCGCUUUAUGAUGAAUUGAAGGCGGCAAAAUAUAUCGAGGACGAUGCCAAAUUUGAUUCGAUAUUUGAGAAGAUACCACCGAUGGCCUGGAGGCCAUUGCUUCGGGCACACCCAGAACUCUUGGAUGAUUAUGGAUUGACGCCAAUCGCCCAAAGGCUACUGCUCACGUCUACGGUUGAGAAGUUCAAGGACAGUGUUACCUGCAAAAGCCUUCGAGACUGGGACAGAGAAAAUAACUGGUGGCACAAGAGGGUGCUUCUCGGCUGGCCAGAGAUUAUUCCUUACAUAGCUCAGGCUGGAUGCAGCCUCCCCAUCGCACUAGAAGAUGCCUGCCUGACUGGUUGCGUCGAAAUAGUUCGAGCACUUCUCAGGGUGGAGUACCUUCCUAUUCGAACUGUGCACCUCGACAAUGCGUUCAACUGCGGGAGCAGUAGAGUCCUGGAAACUGUGGUUCAAGAAAUGAUGGCCAGGCGGGAGAUGGUGUGCGAGCUGGCAUCUGCCGUCUUGCAGCCAGAUGUUCUGGAGGGGUUCGGCUUGUGUGUUCCGGGCCGGGCGCCAUCACCAAGGGAUGCUCGCAGACUGCUCGAAAUCACGCUGGAUGAGUAUCAAGGCCAGCUCGCCAAAGCUUUGAGGAACCUUGGGAGCUCCACGGCCUACUUCAUGAUUGACUCUGAAUUCCGCGAUGAACAGACCGACGAGUUCGCAAUGGUUGAGCGGCUGAGUUGCAUCAAUCUCUUCGAAGAAUACACAUUUCUAGACCCGGCUAGUUGUAACUUGGGAGGGGAUUAUGCAGGUGCUAUCCAGUGUCUCCUCGAUGCGGGUUUUCAUGAUUUGGACAGGGAGGAUGAUAACAAGCAGACGGUACUUUACAAGACUUGUCACAACUACAAGCCUGAAGGGGCAGAAUUUGGGGUCGACGAUCGUGACCUUCUCUGGCUCCUGAAACAUAGCAAAAAAAACCAGUUUCCGCUAGAACUGGCUUCAGAGCAUCAAUCGCUGGUCAGCCCUAUAUUCUAUGCAGCGAGUGCUCUAAGACAUGUCAGCAUCGAGGCUUUGAAAGAUGCAGGGGUACUUGAGCAGCUAUCGGAGGUGCCCACCGAUUGCUGCGAAUGUUUCUGCUCGUCCAAUGGCUGUAUGCCGCAUUACAUGUUUUUGAGAUGUGACGGCAAUGGUUGCCAAGAGGGCGCAAAGCACGACGCGUGCACCGGAGACGCAUACGGAGUCACGGGUCGCGAUGGCUGUCUACAUCAGUGGUGUGAAGCAUGGGCACUUCCAGACCAUCAAAUGGAACUUUACUAUGCCGAAGCCUGUCGACUUGAGGUUUUUGAGAGGUUGGGGAUGAAACACACCUGCUGUGCUUCAGGACGGCGGAAAGAUUACCUGGAUCGCAUUCGCGGGCUGGAAGGCAUACGUUCCAGGUUCGAUGACUACCAGACUGAGCGACCACGAGUGAACAUACCAAACAGAUGGCCGCGAGCCGACGACAGCGAGCGGCAAGAGUUCCAAGAAGAAGACGCAGAAUUAAACGCAGACCUCGAAAGGGUGAUGCAUUACUAUGACAAGAUGCGGGCACCGUUUCUGACUUCCCCAGUCUGUGGAGAGGCUGACGAAGACUUUUGCGACUCUUUCUGGUUCCUUUGGUGGUCAUGUGUUGAUCGGAUCCUGCCGCCGCUCGGGAAGGAGAAGUGCGUAUAUCGUGGGAUUGAAUUCAGCCGGCGGGAGAUUUACAAGGAGCGCGGAGUGUAUGAAAAAAUGGACGAAGAAUUUGCAGACAAAAGGGAAGACGAAAGAGAGGCUGCUCUGAGCGCAGCAGGAUAUGAAGGCCUGGAUUUUAGGGAUGUAGUCGACGAAUAUUUCGGAGAAUCCUUGGAUGCAAUUGUUUUUCUGCGUAGCUGGAGGGCCAAUUAG